AUGCGGGACGCGGCGGAGGACGACUCCGACUCGCCGCCGUCGCAGAUGUCGGAGGACGACCCCGGCGGAGAGGGCGGCGGCGGGGACAGGUGGGAGCCGGAUCUGAGGGGCGGCAACGGCGGGGGCGGGAGGUGGGCGCCGCCGGACCAGGUGCUGGAGAACGUGCUCGAGACCGUGCUCGAGUUCCUCACCGCCGCGCGGGACCGCAACGCCGCCUCGCUCGUCUGCCGCUCCUGGUACCGCGCUGAGGCGCAGACGCGCCGCGAGCUCUUCAUCGGCAACUGCUACGCCGUCUCGCCGCGACGCGCCGUCGAGCGCUUCGGAGGCCUGCGCGCCGUCGUGCUCAAGGGCAAGCCCCGCUUCGCGGACUUCAGCCUCGUGCCCUACGGCUGGGGCGCCUACGUCUCCCCCUGGGUGGCCGCGCUCGGGCCCGCGUACCCGCGCCUCGAGCGCAUCUGCCUCAAGCGGAUGACCGUCGCCGAUGAAGACCUCGCACUCAUCGCCAAGUCCUUCCCGUUCUUCAGGGAGCUCUCGCUCGUGUGCUGCGAUGGCUUCAGCACGGUCGGGCUCGCCGUCAUCGCCGAGCGCUGCCGGCAUCUUCGCGUGCUGGAUCUGAUUGAAGAUUACCUUGAGGGUGAAGAGGACGGGCUGGUGGAUUGGAUCUCCAAGUUCUCAGAGUCCAACACCUCUCUGGAGUCACUUGUCUUCGACUGCGUCAGCGUCCCCUUCAACUUUGAGGCCCUGGAGGCACUUGUUGCACGCUCACCGGCUUUGCGCCGGUUGCGUGUCAACCACCAUGUGUCAGUAGAGCAGCUGCGCCGUCUCAUGGCAAGAGCACCCCAGCUCACGCACUUUGGAACUGGUGCAUUCCGAUCUGAGGGUGCCCCCGAUGGGGGUUUGGCUGUGACUGAGCUUGCUACAUCUUUUGCUGCAGCCAGGUCUCUCGUUUGUCUAUCAGGUUUCCUGGAGGUCAAUCCACAAUAUCUCCCAGCGAUCUACCCUGUUUGUGCCAAGCUCACCUCACUAAACUUCAGCUUUGCAAACCUAACCGCUGCAGAACUCAAGCCAGUUAUUCGCAACUGCACCAAUCUUCGCACUUUCUGGGUCCUUGAUACUGUGGAUGAUGAAGGCCUACGUGCUGUGGCUGAUACAUGCUCUGAUCUCCGUGAGCUGAGAGUUUUUCCUUUGGAUCCCUCUGAAGAUUCUGAGGGUUCGGUCUCAGAUGUUGGUCUUCAGGCAAUCUCAGAAGGCUGCCGGAAGCUAGAAUCAAUCCUCUACUUUUGCCAGCGGAUGACAAAUGAAGCAGUAAUUGCUAUGUCGAAGAACUGUCCUGAGCUUGUAGUGUUCCGCCUCUGUAUUAUGGGCCGCCACCGCCCUGACCGGAUCACUGGGGAUCCCAUGGAUGAAGGUUUUGGCGCAAUUGUGAUGAACUGCAAGAAACUCACCAGGCUUUCAGUCUCUGGCCUGCUUACUGAUAAAGCCUUUGCAUACAUUGGAAAAUAUGGGAAGCUAAUAAAGACCCUGUCUGUUGCCUUUGCUGGGAAUAGUGACAUGUCCCUCCAAUAUGUAUUCGAGGGAUGCACUAAGUUGCAGAAGCUUGAGGUCAGAGAUAGCCCUUUCAGUGACAGGGGGUUGCUCUCAGGAAUGAACUACUUCUACAAUAUGAGGUUCUUAUGGAUGAACUCAUGCAGGCUAACCAUGAGGGGCUGUAAAGAUGUAGCUCAGCAAAUGCAAAAUUUGGUGGUUGAAGUAAUUAAGGACCACUCUGAAGAUGAAGGGGAGGCUGAGAUUGUUGACAAGUUGUACUUGUAUCGGUCACUGGCAGGACCGAGGACUGACGCUCCACCAUUUGUUACCCUCUUGUAG